GAUCAAGAUUGCAUCAUUCGUUUCAUAAAGUGCUGGCAUCUGGCCUUUGGGUAAGAAGUAUAAAGUGCUUGUCAUAAAGUAUGUAAUGUAUAGACUGCUGUGCAUGAAGAGCAUUAGCAAAGAGUAGCCCAUACAUAGCAGGCUUUUAUUAGGUUACUAUAGUAAUGUAAAUGGAUUAAAACCGCUGCUCAGGUCUAGUGACUCCCAACGAGUGAGCUAAAUGAUUCACUACUGGAUCUAGGCCCCCCUCUAAUUGAAUACAGCAUACGCUGUGUAUUGGAUGCAAACUGUUAUCAGUGUCAUUUAUGAGCGGAAUGUCUGACUUUGCUCUGGACAUAUUGCUUAGACAGACGGCUGGAGGAGGAGAGGAAGAAGGGAUAAUUAGACAAGUGCAGAUGGGUAAAAAACUAAAACAGUCACAACCUGCUGUGUUCUCCAUGUGCAUGUUGUGUAUUUUCCUGCGGGUUGCCAGGUUCUGCGUACUGUAUGCAUUUUGUUGUUUCCUCCUGUCCAGGUCGCCAGCCAUGGGGAACCUCAUUAAGGUCCUUGGCAAGGAUUUAGAGAACUGUCCACAUUUUUUCCUGGACUUUGAAAAUGCCCAGCCCACGGAGGCAGAGACAGCCGUGUGGAACCAGGUCAGCGCUGUGCUGGAGGAGGCUCAUGGGAUCCUAGCCGAGCUGCAGUCCUAUAAUGGCGCGGGCCAGGAGAUACGAGAAGCCAUCCAGAACCCAGGUGACCUCGCUCUGCAGGAGAAGGCCUGGAACGCAGUCUGCCCUCUGGUGGCCAAGCUGAAGAGGUUCUACGAGUUCUCUCUCCGUCUGGAGAAUGCCCUGCGCAGCCUGCUGGAGGCGCUGACGAGCCCGCCGUACGCUCCCAUGCAGCAUCUGGAGAGAGAGCAGGCCCUGGCCAAACAGUUCGCUGAGAUCCUUCAUUUUACGCUCAGCUUUGAUGAACUAAAGAUGACAAACCCAGCCAUUCAGAAUGACUUCAGCUACUACAGGAGGACCAUAAGUAGGAACAGGCUGAACAACCAGCAGCUGGAAGCGGAGAACGAGGUCAACAAUGAGAUGGCCAAUCGGAUGUCCCUGUUCUACGCUGAAGCGACACCAAUGCUGAAGACUCUGAGCAAUGCCACCACCAAGUUUGUUUCUGAGAAUAAGACCUUGCCCAUAGAGGACACCACAGACUGUCUGAGCACCAUGGCCUGUGUGUGUCGUGUCAUGCUCGAGACUCCGGAGUACCGCUGCCGGUUCACCAACACAGACACCAUGCUGUUCUGCAUGAGGGUGAUGGUGGGCGUCAUCAUUCUCUAUGAUCACGUUCACCCUGUGGGAGCUUUCGCCAAGACCUCCAAAAUCGAUAUGAAGGGCUGCAUCAAGGUGCUGAAAGAGCAACCGUCCAACAGUGUGGAGGGACUUCUGAACGCACUGAGGUAUACAACACGGCAUCUAAAUGAUGACAGCACCUCCAAACAAAUCAGGGCCCUCCUGCAAUGAAGAAAAAGAGGAGAGCGGUGGAGAGAGGGAGGAAAGGAGGAGUGCACUUGAAGGAGGAGUAAAAAGAAGAAGAGGAGGAAACAAACGCCAGUGGCUGAUAAACCUGUUUGUUUACAAUGAACAAAGAAAAUCAUCUCCAGGUUAAGAGCAACCUGAUGAUAAUAUGAAGAGGAAAAUAAUUAUAUAUAUUGUCAGCUGUCCAUCAUUCUGUCUCUCAUUUUGUAAAGUAAGAAAAGAGAAAAAAGCCAGUAAAGAAAAUAUAGAUAUAUAUUAAAACAAGUGAAACACAAGCAGCAGAUGAAAAAUAGGUAGGAUGAAAGAGGAAGCUAUAUCGGAAAAUUUAGAGUCAGAACUAAAGCAAAGUGGAAAAAAAAAA